UUAGUUUGUAUUUUCAAUCGCAAAGGUUGCGCGUACUCGGUUAAGAAAAGGUACGAUUCAGCGGAAUGUGGAAGAUCAUUUCUCCGUCUUUCCAUCUUCCUUCUACAAUCAUUUUCAACAAAUUCUCCAAAUUCCAAAACCCCUUUUGAUUCUUCUAUACUCCUUCAGUUUCCCUAUCUUCUUCACUCCCCAUUACUCCACUCUUCUUCUCUCCCAACCUCACACAACCAACAAUCAACUGCAAUGGCGGACACCAUGAACGACGACGACUGCGUUCAGGAUUUGAUCACCCAACAGCGUUCCGAAAUCCUUUCCGCCAAAACCCUUUUCUCUGAUCUCGAUUUCGCCUUCCAACUUCAACUCCAGGAGGCAAUGGAUGCCUCUCUUGCUUCUAAACCCUCCACCGACUCAUCUUCCUCACUUAACACCCCCGACCCUGUCUUGGAUUCUGAAGACACUAGCGGUUUAGACUUGGCUACCACUCUUAUGCUCGAAGACAUUGCGAGGUUUGCUAUGGAGUUCAAGGACCGGGAGCAAUGUCAGACUGAAAUGAGGAAAAUGAAGGAGGAGCUUGAUCGUCGGAUUCAUGAUCAGAAGUUUGCGGAAUUUAUUCGGAGUGUUCCUGAGAAUGAGUGGAGGGAGUAUGGGGAUAAUUAUGAGAAGCCGUAUGGUGAAAGUUCAUCGUCUUCUUCUUCUUCUUCUUCUUCUUCCUGGAGUGUGGACUCUGAAUGUUGUAGGGUGUAUUCGAAGGGGUUGAUUAGUGAAGAGAGGAUUAGAGAUAUGGUGGUUAGGGUUGCUGGAAUUGGGGUUGCGGUUUGUGAUCCUAAGGAUAAUCUGUUGUUUGAGAAGAUGAGUCCUAUAGAAUCUAUGGUGGAAGGUAAAGAAACCAGCAGCGAAUGCGCUGAGCUUGAAGCGCUGGUUGAAGGUCUCAAUGUUGCUCUUAUUUUAGGCUUGAAAACUGUCACAUUUUUCUGUGCUGAUUACAUGCUCUACCAGUAUCUUACAGGUAGGGUGCCUCCAGCAACAAGCUCCACGGAAAAAUUGGUUAAUGAGGUGGUUGUUCUUCAGGGAAAAUUUACAUACUGUAACCCAUCUCUCGUGACACGUAAUGAUAUCAAGUUUGCUUUCAAACUUGCAAGAGAGGCUAUAGUUUCUCAAAUCACCUGGCCUGCACAAGCUGAAAAUGGAAAGUGCUUGAAGGAAGAAACUUGCACAAUUUGCUUUGAAGAUGUUAGUGUGGAUCAGAUGUUCUCAGUUGAUGGUUGUUUGCACAGAUACUGCUUUUCUUGUAUGAAACAGCAUGUAGAAGUAAGGUUGCUGAACGGGAAUGGGAUGCAGGCAAACUGUCCACAUCAGGGUUGUACGUCUGAGCUUAAUAUUGAAAGCUGCGGAAAGUUCUUGGAACCUAAGGUGUUUGAGAUUAUGAGCCAAAGAAUUAAGGAAGCUUCUGUGCCUGUUCAGGAGAAAGUUUAUUGCCCCUAUUCCAGGUGCUCAGCAUUAAUGUCCAAAACAGAUCUGUUAAGAUACACCGAGGCUUUUUAUAUUGAUGCGGAACGAACUGGGGCAAGGAAGUGCAUGAAAUGUAAUCAGUUUUUCUGUAUAAAUUGCAAGGUCGCUUGGCAUUAUAACCUGACUUGCUACGACCACAGAAAGUUGAAUCCCAAUCUCCAUCCAGAUGAGAAAAUGCUGAAGUCUCUUGCAACAAGGAAACUUUGGCGCCAAUGCAUUGUGUGUAACAAUAUGGUUGAAUUGGCGGAAGGCUGCUAUCACAUCACCUGCAGAUGUGGAUAUGAGUUUUGCUAUACAUGUGGAGCCCCCUGGAAAAAUAAGAAACCUACAUGUAAGUGUCCGAUAUGGGACGAGCGGAACAUCAUACAUCGAAGAUGAGCUUUAGCUUUUUAGGUGACAAUCUGGGGGAUACUUGCGCCCUUUCUUCUCCCCUUCUGUUUCUUUGCAAACUUUUGUAAGGUAGCCGAAGAUAGUAGGGUAUUUUGUGCAGUUGUCUAGUUGGUGACAUACUGAAGUUAAAUCACAGCUUUGUCGACUUUAAAUGUCUCAUUUUCUAUCUUGCAAGACAACCUCAGUCAGGUUGGAACUGAUGGAAGAAUACAAGUAUAGAUAGUAAGUUUCUUUUUCAUCACUUUUAGGUUUGACAUGAAGAGUUACUCAUGUACAGUUUUUUUGGUCCACAAAUUUCUUGUGGUCAGGAAAAUAGGUUUUUAAUGACUUAGAACUUUGGAACUUUCGUGUUGUUUAAUGCAUUAGAACAGAACAACGAUGCUCUUGUUAUUCUUAAACUUAUUUCAAGAUUGUUUGUACA